CUGGGGACCGGAGGCGCCGCCGCACCCGGGGCGGGGAGAGAGGCCGGGCUGGCUGCCUGGGCAACGGGAGCGGCCUGCAGGAGGAGUAUUCUACUUUGGUGACCAGCUGGAUUGAAUACGCGGUGCUUUGAAGAGGAGUAGAUGGAAUCAGGCCAGAGUUGCAGCACUACUCUUUCAGACUAUUUUGAGGAUACAUUUGAAUCCUUCAGUGAGGAGGAGGAAGCCUGCAGGCAAUAUGAGAGUGAACCGUUUGAAUCUUAUUGUUCCACAGAGGAGUUGGAGUGGCCUGCUGCUGUGUUAGAUAUAUCUGAAAGCGUAUGGCAGUCAAUAAGCCAGGAUGAUGAAGGUGAUCACUCUGAGUUGUCAGAGUCUGAAACGAUAGAAAAAGAGUUGACUGGAAAAUGGAUCAGCCAUCUCAAAAAUAAAGAUAGCAUUAAGCAAGGCAAAUCUAUCAUCAACACACACACUGAAAUUACUGAAGUAUCAGAUGAAGAAUUGGAUGCUCUGCAGUCUUUUUGCGCCAUUAAGAUAAGCCAGAUCCAUCAUCAGCUGAACUCUAAGCAAUCAAACAGCAGCAAACAUAAAGAUCUGCAGCAUGGAUUCACUUCAGAGAAGCCAGUGACAGGUGACUUGAACUGUACUAUAUCUGAUCAGCUAGUGAACAGAAUCCAUCUGAAAAAUAUCAGUGAGACAAUGAAACAGGUGAAAGAAACUAAACUACACCAGCCUUCACAAUGCCAUGAUUGUAAGAAAAAAUGGACAGAACUGGCCAAGAUUACCUUUCUCAGACAAAAGAAGACUUUAGUGGAGAAAGCUUUACUCCAAGAUAAAUUAGAAGAACAGAUUUAUGUCAAAGACUCGCUCACACUCAUAGGAGAAAUACACAAAAACCUCCCCAAGCUUUCAGAGGAUCCAAGGAGUAUAUGGCAAAGACUGAAUGAGAAAGGUCAGAAAGUGUAGAGCCUGGUUAUGAUGAGCAUUAAUCAAAGAAUGUAAGAGCUGGCAAAAAUCUUCUGGUGACACUCAUGUGCCUAAUGCCUACUAAUGAGAACUGUUUUGUUAGUGACAAACUGAUCAGUGGGCAAAUAUUCCUGCAGGUAGAACCAGAUAUUCCCAGAGCACAGGAUUCCAGCUGACAGUCCUGCUCUGUGUCCUUCCUGAAUGCAAAAGCUGCAAUACAGUGUAGUCCAACCAAAUACAUUUUUCAAAUUAUGGAAGCUGACAUUUUUUUUAUUAUUAUUCUGACAAGCAAUAACUAUUGUAUUUGUGGGUUUGCUUAUGGGAUUUCAGAGCAGCUCACUGCUUCUUCCAUCUGUACAAAAAAUAGAUGGUUCUGUUUUUCUGGGUGGGGAGGUGUAAUUAUUGGGCUUCAGCUCAAUCUUUACCUUCUGCUUCCUGUUAAAUUGAAAGCUAGAGCCCCAGGUGGAGGAGAGAAAGAGAAGGUUGCAGAGUAACUGUAAAAGGAAUAAAAUGAAACUGGGCAUUUAUAGAACUGAAAUAAUGAGAAUAUGAACUGAAAUAAAUCAGUAACCCUGAGGAUGCCAAUAGGACAAGAAAUGGCAUUAAAUUAAUCAUAGAACCUGUCUGUGGUGGAUGUUUAGAAAGAGAAAGAAAACAAAAUACAGAAUAAAACUGGAAUAAAAUGUCAAUUAAGAUAAUAUUUUGACUGUUUUCUGAAUUUGCUGAUGCAUUUGCUGUCACUUUCUAUCGAUUCCUGAAAAGGAAUGUCACUAUCUCAUUGAGAUUAUCUCUGGGUGAAAGUCUGAUACUAAUAGGAAGUCCAAGGAAAGGGGCUUUGCAGAGGAGAUCUCUGGGAGCAGGAAGCAAUGAAAUCCUUCUGCUCACUCCAAGCAAGGCAUGUGGGCAGCACAACUAUGACCACUAAGUAGUCUAUGAUCACCAUCAUGGCUUCUACUGACAGCUGUAGCGCGUUCCAUCAUCCCUCACCGGGGAUGUGUAGCCAAUGGAUCCACAUGAGUUGAAGACCUGCUGGCCUCUGCAACCUCCAUGUUUUCAGCACGUUUGGGCCUUCCACAGCAAUUGAGGAUCUGGGAAGACAUUUGUCUAUCAAAUGUGUAUAUGAAGGAGAUCACUGCCUAAUAGUUCAGUGGCUUGUUAAGACAUUAGAAUGGUACUUUGGUGUUGCAUUUUUUUCCCUUUUGGUAAAAGAAAAUCUAUUGAUGGGGUUGAUUUGAUGUUCUGUUUAAACAAACUAUAGGUAUGUAGUUGUUACAUAUACUAUGUACUGUAGCUAUCAGAUCAGUGUACCCAGGGUUGUGUGUUUAGCCACAUGGUUUCACGAUGCCCAAAUCAAUAUAAAGCAUGAAAAUAAAUUAGGAUGGCGGGAAUUAGAGGUUCACUUAGAUUAUCCUUGAUCUUGUGGUAUGAAUAACCUCCAUGAACGAUUUCAUUAGUUUUGCCUGAGUAGGUUAGGCCUUCAGUGAAUCUCUAGAGCAGUCUUAAAUUCUUUAAUACUAGCUGUUCUCAUUCUUUCACUGGCAGCUUAUUCCACCUUCUAGCAACCCUCUGGGCAUAGUUGCCCAUCCUAAGAACUCCCAUUAGCAUAACUUUCAGUUUUAGAUCACGACUGCAACUUAUAUAGCUAUCUUAUAUGGUGAGCAAGAUGCCACUGGAUUUUUUUGUUAAUGCACCAUCCUUAGGUAUCUUAAAAUCCCCCAUAAGUCUCCUAUUUUCCACUUUUAUAACCCUGUUCACAUUAGACAUUCCAUCUCUGCCCCAUAUUUGUCUUGUGACUCCACUUCCCCUCCCUUCCCAAACUCUGCCUAAUUCUUUGUUGACCUUUUUUGAACUCCAUUAGCAAAAGUUCCCCCGUUACUCAACAUAACGUCUCACAAGGGCUCUGUUAUGGAGCAGUGGUAGCAAAGUGCACACACAAAAAGGGAGGCCAUGCCUAAGACCCUCUGAAAAUUUACCCUUGCAUAACACAGUGCAAAAUAAUACAUCUGUGUAGCUUUGUUUGACUACUAAAAACAGGGAAUAUUAGAUACAGGGUUCUAAAUACAUGUUGACAGGACACAACAGUGCAUUUGAACUCUGCUUUUGCUGUUCAGAUUGUCACU